AUGGCGCCACCACCGCCCUUGAAAUUUGGCCAGCGGGAAUUGUUCAACGACUCGUUUCUGUCGUUUCUACGGCGGCCAAAUAAAUCCCAGAUAGUAGCGCCCCCAGGUGUUCCAAAUUCUCCCGACUCGCAGGAUCCAAUUCCUAUGCCAAUAGCGCACACGCAAAGCAACGGAAGGUAUCGAGAUGAGGAUGCAGGAGAAAAGAAGGCGAUGUGGUUAGACGGACAUCAGUUGCUCGACAGAACAAAAGACUUGCUAGAAAUGGGUUCCCGUACGCUUGGGAAGGACACAACAAAGAGGUUCAGGAAGGAAGCCGCGAGACUAACGAAGAACGCUCCUUCCAAGUCGAAACUUCCGAAGAAAUCGCUCGAUGACAUUGCAGCCUUUCAACAGGCCGCCAAAACCCUCUAUCAGGAAGUUGAGAACAUUCUUCACGAACUGGGGCAGCCUCACCAUCCAGAUGCAUAUCCUGGCGAGCCUCAACUACAUCCGCAGCACGUUGAACAGCCGCGUUCACGCUCUGAGUCACCGCCUCCUCUACCGAGAAAGCCACCAUCACCCAAAGUGACAUUCAACCAUGAAAUGAAGCACGAAUCCAAUGUUGAUUUGUCUAGGAAAGUGUCAACUAGGCAUGGGCCAGAACCACAACAACAUAUGAUGGAAAUUGCAAGGCAGGAAAGUACCAAGCAUUCGUCGUCGUCGCGGAAGGAGGCAGACUUGGCGAGAUCGACGAGCCAGAGACUACCUGACCAAGAUCGUUCUCGAAAAUACGAUAAGGAAGAUGACAGAUACAAAUACCGUGACGAACCCAAGCGUUCGGAUUCGCGACGCUAUGCCUCUGAUGAUUACCGAGACAGGGAUAAGAACAGAGAAAGAGACAGAGACAGAGAAUACUACAGUUCCCGUGAUAAGGAAUACCGAUCCUCCCACUCCCGACAAUACUCUGACCCCCGUGACAAAGAAUACUACGAAAGUCGAUCAAGGAGAUACGACGACAGGCGAUACGACGACCGGGACCGGGACCGGGACCGCGAACGAUACAAGCGGGAUGACAGAGACGAUCGCAGAGGCGAGUCCUCACGCAACGACGCACCGCUGCGUGUAGUCCACGAGGACGCGCCACUUUCUGCUGCACAUGGUGGCGCAGGUGGAGUACCCUUCGCUCCCACCUAUGUUCCCUACCCUCAAGAAGAGUCCGACCGCCGUCGGCGAGAGCGCGACAAGGAGCGCGAGCGUGAACGGUCUGAGCGUUACCGGGAUAAGGAUCGCGAGCGCCCGCGUGACUCCGACCGCGAACGCGAACGGGACAGAGAACGCGAUCGGGAUCGUGAUCGGGACUAUGAUCGUGAUCGACGGCGCGAACGGGACAGGCGCGACGACGAAUACUAUAGCUCACGCGAUAAAUACAAGUCGUCGUCGAGGAGGUAUGACGACGAAUACAAAUCCUCUAAACGUGGUUAUGAUUCCCGAGACUACCCUGAAUACAGAGAUAAAUAUCGAGAAAGAGAUAGGGACAGAGAAAGAGACAGGGAUCGGGACAGACCUCGGGAGAAGGACAGAGAUAGAGAUAGAGACAGAGACAGAGACCGGGAUAGGGAUAGGGAUAGGGAACGCAACAGGGAUAGAGACAGAGACCGGGAACGUGAAAAGGAUAGAGAAAGAGACCGCGAUAAGGAUAGGGACAGAGGCGAUCACGACAAAAGAGAGCAUGUUGAAGCACCACAUUCACACCACGAAGCGCACCACGAAGAAGAGGAUCCCUCACAAUCCAAAUUUCAGGAAGUCUUCUCUCCUCCCGAGCACGCUACUGGUGGCCUACCUCCAUCCGAAGGCCAUGCCCACGAUUAA